UUUUGCUUGUUUUUGUUUUUUUUCCCCCCUUUCUAGCUUAUAUAAGGCUUUUGCAAUGGAAGCAGGUUUUGGGGAGUUCCAUUUGUAUCUGAGGCCAGUGCAAUUUGAAUCUGCUGUUCACAAGGAGAAAGCAGACCAUCUGCCACCAACAUUUAUUACCUCUCUCCUGGAAGAUGACAGCUGUGUUGACAGAUAUAUUCCAAGUAGCUUACCAUUAAGCAUUCAAGAGAUCGACAGUCACGUUGGAAAAUUUAGUUUCAGGACGAGACAUGGUAUUAUGCAGCUCUUGUGUCCAUCUGGAAUAAAGAACAUGCAACUUAUCCUUGCCUGCCAGGUCAUUCAGAAAAAUGCUCUUUUGGCAGCUGUUCAGCAAGCCUCCUUUUGUUACCUGGUGCAGUUUACCCACUCCCUGGACAUAAAGGAAGGAAAUGUAAGUCUAACAAGUCGGAGCGGUUCAGCAAGUGGAAGAAAUUCUGUAUCUGGGAGCCAAGCAGAGGAUCAGCUACUGCCAGCACCCACGCCAGCCACAUCAUUUUCUCUUGGGCGUUCUUCAGAUUUAUACCAAGCCUUUCACAGGCCUCCAGAAGCUUUUGUUUCCAUUCAGCUGGAGAAACUAGGGCCCCGAGAUAUGAUGCUGAACACUUUCAUCCAUAAGAAAGAAACGCAGGGCAGCAGAAUGCAAAACCCUGUAAGUACCUCAAGAGGUUUAGCCUUUUUGAGAGAGACUGCUGAUUCCUGGUGCAAAGGCAAAGCAGUACCUUUAAGAUUGUACUAUACUUACUCUGAGCUUACUUUAAUGAGGAAGAUAUUCUGUUAAGGCACCCUUCUGAGCAUAGAGCACCCCAUUGUGAUCACCUGCCUCGUAACACAGCUGCCUGUGUGGUCUAGGAAAAGCUGCGGGGAGUCCUAUGGGUUCCAUUUGUUUCUCUGUGAAGGGGCUUUGGGGGUCAGCAACUACCUUGCAAGUGGCCAAGUACAAAUGGGCUGUCUUAGCACUGGUUAGCAGUUCAUGAUGGUAUAUGGGGAGGAGGAGGCUACAAAGCUGGGACAUGGCAGGUCAGGCUCAGGGCUGCAGCCUCACAGCAUCAGUAGUGAGUGACUUGAAGGCCCAUGGAGAGUGGCUUUGAGUUGUGCCGCAUGGAAGUGGAGGAGAGAGCCCAGCAGUUGUAUUGUAGAGGUGGAAAUGGCAAAUUUUCACAGAAUCAUAGAAUCAUUAAGGUUGGAAAAAACCUCUAAGAUCAUCUAGUCCAACCACCAGCCCAUCUCCAUCGUGCCCACCAACCAUGUCCCUGAGUGACAUGUUUCUUGAACAUGUUCAGGGACGGGGAC